AUGACAGGACCGUCAAUCUGGCGGAGGAAGCUCGUCGCGCAGCCGCACGCCUUGGGCUACCAGUACUCCGCCCUGCUCUUGCUCGACGAGCUCCCUCGAGCCACCCCCGCCCUCCCAUGCUCCGCAGUAUUGGAUUAUGUUUCAUUCUAUAUGCUAGGCUCAAUGCUCUCAUCUCCCCCGCAACUUCUUGGCUCGCUGGAGGCCUAUGGAUGGGUACGGAUUUCAGACCUGAACGUCUAA